UUUUCUUCUAAUAACACAUACUUUCUUGUUAUCAGUAUUAUCUUCUCCUACGGGUAUAAAUUUUUGCCCUUAUUUAAAUUUCUCAAUACUAUAAAAUCAUAAUUUAUUUUAUAACAAAUAUUUUAAAAUUGAGGAGUCCAACCAAACCAAAGUGUAAAAUUGAUAAGAAAAAGAAAAAAAAAAAUCUAAAAGUCAAACAGCUGUUUUUAUUAGAGUCUGUAGAAGAAGAUUGAUGAUUCUUCAUCAUAAAAUGAGCAAAGUUUUGUGAAACCCACACAAUUGGAGAAUGGAUCAUCAUCAUCAUCAUAAUCAAUGGCGAAUGAGAUUAUCUUUCAAGAACGCCACAAUUGCUCUCACGCUCGUCAAUCUCCUCAUCUUCCUCUUCCUCCUUCAGGGCUUUUUCUCUUCCUCCUCUCGCCGACCCGUUUCAGCUCAGCUUCGGUAUGUGAAGGAAGCCGAAGAGAUUAGACUCAAGAUGCAACCUUUAGAGCUUAUCAAAAGAGUCCGAGAAAUCGAACAUGAGUCAUCUGCUGGACAAGAAACAGAGCAGGAGAAAGAUGUGAAGCAGAACGCAGCCGUUGAUCUCUCUAAACGCCUCAAAGAUUUCCGCUCGCUUAACGAUGCCUCAAGCUUGAAAGCAUUGGAAGAAUGGAGAAAGCGGAAAAUGGAACGAGCAAGACAACGUGAUCUUGAGAAAACCGGAGGUCUUUCUUCAUCCAAAACAUCAUAAAGACACACUAACUAACCCUCAAGAAGAUAUCAAUAUAUUAUCAUGUAUGCUGCUACUAUAUAACUUUUAUGUCUCAUAAAACAUUUGUAUAGUGUAAUACACAUACAAAAAAAUGCUUUAAAGGUCGAAAAAUGUUUACACCAAA